GUAAUACGUAAGCAAAUUAAAAAGUUGCUAUAUAAGAAGGCAGAAAUCUCACCAGACUCCAGUAUAGCUCACACCAGUAACAAGAAUGGCUGGCUCCUCCGGAAUAGCCGGAGUCCUCUACCUGCUCCUGUCCUUUUAUCUAGUUCAGGGCAGGAUUUUUGGUGGAUCACAACAUAACCAAAUGAAGCGCCCCAUAUCGCCCCGUUUUAAAGGAUGGUCCCCCACGGAAAUUUGCUGCCCCCAAUCGAUGAUAGAAAGUCCAAUUCCUAGCAACGACGUUUCACUUACAUACUCUUGUGGUCAAGUCAACAAGGACGGCUUGGCUAAUACAUUAACGAAUCAAAAAAAUUUGGCCAAACAGGGCGAGCUUCCUUGGGUGGUGGCUCUGAUGGAUGAGAGAAACCAUUACUUUGGUGGUGGUUCUUUGAUCUCCGCUGAUGUGGUGCUUACUGGAGCCUACAUUACCAAAAACAAGACCUUGGAUCAGAUAUUUGUGCGGGCUGGGGAAUGGAGCUUCAAAAUCACGACCGAGCGUUACCCGCACGUUCAAGUAGGUAUCAGGAAAAUUGUGCGUCAUCCCGGCUUUUCCGUAAACUAUGGAGCUAAUAAUGUGGCUCUUCUGUUCCUCGAAAGACCACUGAGGCUAGCCCCCCACAUCCAGACCAUCUGUAUGCCGCCGUCGAAUAGGAACUUUGACUUGCGUCGCUGCAUUGUCAGUGGAUGGGGUAAGCAUAACACUAGAGCCACCCGCUUCAUGAAGGUCAUGAAAAAGAUUGAGGUGACGGUGGUGAAGAACCCUGAGUGUCAAGCACGAAUGCAGCUUGCCCAUGGAGACAACUUCUUCCUCGAUGAAAGCCUUAUGUGUGCCGGCGGCGAACUCGGCAAGGACUCCUGCACUGGCGAUGGUGGUUUUCCACUUGCCUGUCCGCUGAAGGAAGAUCCCGAGCGGUACGAGCAGGCGGGCAUCGUCAACUGGGGAGUCGGGUGUGGACAAAAAGACAUCCCGGCCGUCUACACCAGUGUGGCCAAGCUUCGCGGUUGGAUUGAUCAGGAGAUCGCACGAAAUCAAAUGGGAUAUCAACCCAAAUAUGGAGGUUAUCGCGGCAACGCACGCGAUCCCCGAAUGAGAGUCGCCCAGGAGAUUGGGGCCACCCACGAGGUGGACUUUAAAUGUGGCAACCCCACGAUCAUAUCUGCAAAUUGGACAGCUCCCCGCUGCGUCGCGUGCCCCAAGGGCAUUCGCAACGCCUCUUUCGCAAGUGAAAAUGGCUUUUAA